AUGAGCAUCGUUCCUCGGCGUAGCUAUGAGCGUCACGGUGGCGGUGGUGAUUAUGGCUGGCUCAAGGCAUUUCAUACUUUCAACGUCGGAGCGUUCAGUGACGGGAAGCACGACAACUUCGGAUGUCUCCGCGUCAUGAAUGAAGACCGUGUCGAACCCGAGACAGGCUUCGAUCUGCACCCCCAUCGUGAAUUCGAGAUACUUUCAUAUAUCAUCUCAGGCCAGCUGCUACACGAAGACUCAAUGGGCAAUCGCGAGAUACUGCAACGGUGUGAUAUCCAACUGACUUCUGCUGGCACGGGCAUCCGACACAGUGAGAAGUCUCAUGGAUCCCAACAAGUGCAUUACUUCCAGAUAUGGAGUAUACCGUCCAAGAGUGGGCUUACACCGCGGUACUACACUCGCCACUUUGAGGAAGAGGAUAAGCGCGACAAAUGGUGCCUGGUCGUUGCACCAGCCAACACACUGGACGUCACUGACACUCAAGCACACCUGCACCUGUACAUUCGCCCCUCUCGCUCCAUGCAGCAGUCAUCUCUCCGAGCAAGUCUCUCGCACACACGUUUCCGGGCGGCGGGCUACAACCCCUCGAAGGACGCGCGCGGUGCCCAUAUCGAGGUCUCCCUCAAUAGUGCAACUGAGGUGCUGUGGGAGGGCGACGGCGCGUAUAUCAUUGGGGAACAGGGCGAAAAGUUGGUCGUGCAGAAUGUCGGCGAUUUGGCAGUGGAGGUACUGCUCUUCGAUGUUGAGUAA